GACCAUCGCAAAGGAAACACGUCAAAAGUUGCCGGGAAAAUUGUGAUGGUUGUUGGCGCGGUUUGUUUUUUCUGCCUUAGCUGGUUUUGUGUUUUUAGUCUUUCUUUAAAAGCUUCUGAUUUCACUUUUCACCGCCGGAUUCUGUAAAAAGCUGAAGAUGACGGGCGUGUUUGAGUCUCCGAAGAGCAGAAUUAACGCGGCGAUGGUUUCGCAGUUCGUCAACAAGCCGGUGUGCUUCGUAGGGCGAGUGGAGAAGGUUAAUCCAACUGGAAAGUCGUUCACAUUGGCCGACGGAGAGGGGAAGAUGAUAUCAGUGGAACUUAAUGAACCUCUGGACGAAGAGUUGAGUGGAAUUGUUGAAGUUAUUGGCAUGGUGUCCAACAAAGGAACGGUCAUGGCUACGACAUACAGCGUGUUCAGAGAUGAGAAAGGGAUUCAGUUUGACUUGGAGCUGUACAAUGAGGCCCUCAAAGUCCUUCAUGACUUCCCUCAGCAUUACCCAUUUGGAUCCUCUAGUGGUUAAGAAGCGCUUCCUCUCUCACUCUCCAGUUGUAUUUUUCUUGUGUAUUUAGUUUUCUUACCUAUUUUUUCUCUGAAGAUAAGUGGAAACUGUUUCUUCAACAGUUGAUUUUGUUACUAAAAGAAAUAAAAAUAACCAAAAAAGA